GUUUAACGUUUGCGAGGGUUAGGAUAUAGCAGUAGUUUUAUCUGCAAACAUCAGUCAAAACGAUUGGGUUUUUCGAUUCUCUUGUGUGUUUUCAGUUUUUCUGCUGUGUUGGGCUUUAAAAGAUAAACACCAUGUCAAGAUCACUGUGGAUGGGAGACGUCGUUGGGAUUUAAGUUAUAGUUUAGCUUAUUGCGCCUCGACCUUUGUCAGUGGAUUAAGUUUAAAGCAAGAAAUGCUGAAAUAGCUUCCUUUGAAGGGCGUGUACCCCACACGCUACAUAUUGAUGCAACCAACUUAAUUUUACAAUGCUAGGCAACGAUGCCUAACCGGGCAGUGGCGUAAGGUACAGUUAUGAGACGCUGGGAGUUUCACGUCACAUUCAGUUGGAGCCGUAUAUGGACGAGACUUUUGUAAACAAAGCAUUUCUGCAAGUAAGCCAACCUGUGUCCGUGAAAGUUAUCAGAAGGAAGGACAAUGGCCUGCCAGCGGGUUAUUGUUUUAUAGAGUUCCCAAGUGAAGCUGAAGCUGAGAGAGUGCUGAAACUUGUCAACGGAACAACCAUUAAUGGAAGUAAUCCUCCAAAGAGAUUUCGACUGAACAGAUCUCAAGCUGGGAAAAUGUGGGAUAUUGGACCAUCAUUUUCAAUAUUUGUUGGUGACCUCGAUGCCACAGUAACAGAUGAUAAACUAGAAGACUUUUUCUUGAAGAGAUAUCGCUCGGUGAAAGGGGCAAAGAUAAUGUAUGAAGAAGGAGGGAUUUCAAGAGGAUAUGGAUUUGUUCGGUUUAGUGAUGAAGCUGAACAGAAAAGAGCUUUACAAGAAAUGCAAGGGAUUAGGGGUCUUGGGGCAAAACCUAUUCGUGUUAGUGUCGCUACACCAAAAGGAAAAAUGGCCCCAAGUACCAACAGUAGCACAACAGACACAACCACUGCCAGUAUACCUACAGCUUAUGAUGAUGCUACAGCAUACGCACAACAGUUGUUACAAAUGCAGCAAUACACUGACCAGUAUAAAUACUACCAACAGUAUUGUGACUAUUACAACUAUCAGCAACAAUACAGCUACUACCAACAGCAAGCACAAAACAGCCAGGCAUAUGCGAGAGCUAAUGUUGAGCAAUAUGCUUCAACCGAGCACUAUCAAGCCAGCAGGUUGCACCAGCAAGAAAACAACAACAAUAAACUUGAGGACCCCAAUCCUGCAUUCAACAAAGAAUUCGAAAACGCUGCAUACAUUGCCCAAAAGACUUUACUAAUUGAUUGUCUAGGUAGCCACUGGCAACCAAUAGACUCCUAUACUUCUAAAAUCCCAAGUUAUAGCAUUAGAUCCUGACUUGAUAAAACUAUUAACAUUUUUGAACUAAUUUCCACAUUUUUCGUUGCCGCUUUUUUAAGACGUUAUAUUAACGCUAAGAUAAUAAGAAAUGAGCUGGUGUACAGUUUUAUGUAAUAUUCCAUACUGCACAUAUACGUUGUUAUAUUUUCUUGGCCGCAUUUUUGGUUUUUGUUAAGUUUUUGUUAUUGUUUCAAAAAAAAACGCUAUACUUCGGAAAAGCGUAUUUUUAAAAGGUUUUGUUUCGGGCAAUAUUAGACGUUUCUGCCGCCGUUUUUAGUUACUGUUUCUACCAAGCGUGGUAACACCGCCAAAUUAUCAUCUAUACAAACCAUUUUCAAUUAAAACUCUCAUGGCCCCUUCUAAG